UGUUCUUCCAUAUUGCUGCUAGUGGUGGAGAUUAGCAAGAAAUUUUAAAGAGGUGCUCGGCGGUUUCGUAUAUGUUUUAAUUUAAAUCGACCACUCUGCGUCUUAGACUGAAGCGUAUUUGGUCUAGGGGUGGAGUGGAGAAAAGACAGAGACGAGUUGAGUUUCGGAUUACAACAUUUUUGUUCUUGAUUAGAAGGCGAAUUUGGGGAUAGGGGGAAAAGGAGAAAUGGCCACUCAGGUGGAGACUCUCCUACCGAACAAUCCUCUCUUGAAACAAGAAGAGCAUGGGCAUGCAAGCAAGAUGAAACAAGGAGAGGAAUGUCUUGAGAAAGGGGCGAAGCAGACGUCUGCUGCAGACGAGGGGAGCAACGUGAAGGGAGCCGAGUCAGAACAGGGAGUGUUUGCCAUGAAGGAGCAAAGCAAAAAGCAGGUGAAAGAAGAGAGCAACAACCAAGAAAAGGAAAACCUUGAUAAAGAAGCGACUCAUCUUAAAGAUACAGAUGGGCAAACGGGGGAAGAUAGUAAAUGCAACAAAAAGGAGUUUGCCGAAGCUCCCCCGCCCAAGGUGAACCCAUGGACUAAGAAAAUGAAUGCGGUGACCGUGGUCAGUGUGAAUGGACAAGCUCAUCAUGAACAACCAGUGCCAGCCAAGGUGGUGAGAGCGGGCAACCCCCGGCCGAGGAGAGGAGGAAAGGUUGGGGAUUUUGGCGAUGCCAACAACUGGCCGACACCAGGGGAGAUUGCAACAAAAGACAUGCAGAUUCAGUCUGUGACUCGGACUGGGUCAUGCAACAUGCUGAUCAGGCAGGUCAGAGAAGUAGGCCCCAGUCGGAGAUCCCCAGCACCCAAGAAAGCGAUCGUCAAAAAAGAGUCGAAAGAGAAGAGGGAGAGUGAGGAGAGCAAGGAGAACCAGAAGGCGAAGUCGGACGACUCCGGAGAGGAGAAGAACGGGGACGAGGACUCUCAGAAGAACGGACAGAAGAAGAAAGGAAACAAGCACAAGUGGGUCCCCCUGAUGAUUGAAGUGAAGUCUGAGGGCCCCAGGGAGCGUUCGGCCUCCAGGAACAACACCCGCCAAAACGACCCCCCUCGAAUGCCCCCAAACAGCAGGAACGAGCUGAGAGACUGGCACAGCGGGAAGCACGAACGGGAGUGGCGGGACGACCACGACGAGGUCUCCAGCGUGAAGAGCGAGGGCGCCCCCUUCCGCGGCGGGUUCAGAGGUCGCGGCCGGGGCAGGGGGAGAGGCCGGGGGCGGGGGAGGGGAGGCAGCAGAGGGCACUUUGACUACCACUAUGGCUACAAGGCCUACGACGGCAAGGACGGGGCCUAUGGUCAGAAGUUCAACAACACUGUGACAUACUACUACGACAACAUGAGCAGCAAUGACCUGUACUCUGUGGACCAGGACCUGCUCAAGGACUAUAUCAAGAGACAGAUUGAGUAUUACUUCAGUGUUGACAACCUGGAGAGGGACUUUUUCCUGCGCAGGAAGAUGGACCAGGAGGGCUUUUUGCCCGUGGCCUUGAUCGCCAGCUUCCACCGCGUGCAGGCCCUGACGACUGACAUUAACCUGAUACUGGAGGCGCUGAAGGACAGUAAAGAGGUGGAGGUCAUCGACCUGAAGAUCCGGCGGAAGGUGGAGCCGGAGAAGUGGCCGCUGCCCGGCCUCACGGCCCCAGACCACUCCCAGACAGAUUUCUCCCAGCUCAUCAACUGCCCCGAGUUUGUGCCCAGACAAGCGUAUGAAAAGCAGACAGAUACUCCAAGAGCGCCUAGCCCCGCGCAGCCCAAGAGCGAGGACGUCAGCAACCUGAAGACCUUGCCCAAGGGACUCUCCGCCAGCCUCCCCGACCUGGAUUCCGAGUCCUGGAUCGAGGUCAAGAAGAGGCCCCGCCCCUCACCGGCCAGACCGAAGGCCACCUCGGUGCUGAAGGUGGAGGAGGCCCGGUCGCCCACGCAGCAGCCCGGCCCUGCCCCCCGCGACGAGCAGGACGAGCCCGAGGAGCUGGACUUCAUGUUCGACGAGGAGAUGGAGCAGAUGGACGGCCGGCGGAACACCUUCACCGACUGGUCGGACGAGGACUCGGACUGCGAGAUCGACGACCGCGACGUCAACAAGAUCCUCAUCGUCACCCAGACACCGCCUUAUCUCCGCAAGCACCCGGGUGGCGACCGCACCGGCCAGCACAUCUCCCGCUCCAAGCUGACCAGCGAGCUGGUCAAGGUCAUCAACGACGGCCUCUACUACUACGAGCAGGACCUGUGGGACGACACCUACGAGCCGGAGUACGCCACUAUCAAGCAAGAAGUGGAGAACUUCAAGAAAGUGCACCUGAUCAGCCGAGAGCAGUUUGACUGCCUGACCCCCGAGCCCCCCGUGGACCCCAAUCAGGAGGUUCCUCCCGGCCCCCCUCGCCCCCAGCAGAUCCCCACAGACGCCCUGGCGAACAAACUGUUCGGCGCCCCGGAACCUUCUACGAUAGCCCGCUCCCUCCCCACGACCGUGCCUGACUCGCCUAACUACCGCAGUGCCCGCACCCCACGUACGCCCCGCACCCCACGGCUAAAGGACCCCUCGCAGACGCCUCGCUUCUACCCCGUGGUGAAGGAGGGCCGACCUGUCGAUGCCAAGACCCCGCGAAAGAGGAAGACCCGCCACAGUUCCAACCCCCCCAUGGAGUGCCAUGUGGGCUGGGUGAUGGACUCCCGGGAGCACCGGUCCCGCACAGCCUCCGUUAGCUCCAACGCCAGCCCCUCCGAAGGCACCCCAGCCCUGGGGAACUACGGCUGCACGCCCCAGUCCCUCCCCAAAUUCCAGCACCCCUCACACGAGCUGCUGAAGGAGAACGGGUUCACGCAACAUGUUUACCACAAGUACCGACGACGCUGCCUGAAUGAACGCAAGCGGUUGGGUAUCGGCCAGUCUCAGGAGAUGAACACGCUCUUCCGCUUCUGGUCCUUCUUCCUGAGGGAUCACUUCAACAGGAAGAUGUACGAGGAGUUCAGACAGCUGGUGGUGGAGGACGGCAAAGAAGGUUACCGGUAUGGUCUGGAGUGCCUUUUCAGGUAUUACAGCUACGGUCUGGAGAGGAAAUUCAGGCCUGACAUAUUCAAAGACUUCCAGGAAGAGACCAUAAAGGAUUAUGAAGCUGGGCAGCUGUAUGGACUGGAAAAGUUUUGGGCAUUUCUUAAAUAUUCCAAAGCUAAAAACAUGGACAUUGACCCUAAACUACAGGAGUACUUAAGCAAGUUUAAACGCCUUGAGGACUUCAGAGUCGACCCGCCAAUGGAGGAGGGAGGCCGGAAGAGACACCCCUCGAGCGGAGAGGGCCGCCGUCGCCACCCCUCCCAGCCCUCCAGCCGACCUGUCAGCCAGUCAGGUCCCAGCCCUGUCCAGCCCCCGCAGGGGGCCCCCAGAGAUGAUGCCAAAAACCAGAGCCAGAGAGGCGCAGCAUCAGACACUAAGCCACUCAAGUAACCCUGGCCCGACUUGCCACCUUUUAAUUUAAUGUCCGUUUUAUUUUUUGCCACAGGGGGUCCAAACGUUAACACAAGCAUGACGAGAAGGCUUUACUAAUGAAUGGCUCACGAUUGAGAAUCAACGCUCUUCCUUUUUUUAAGACUUUUUUUUUUUUUUUUAUCAAACGGCGACAUUUUAUCUUGAAGAGAGAGAAGACAGAAAGACUACUGAAAGGAUGAAGAAGUGUUAUGUGCUUGUUUUCUUUUUAUCUUGUGCGAACCUUUUUAUUUUAUUCUUUUGAUGGAUGUGGUUUGCCUCCACUCAAGUGGCUGUUUGCAAAUCCUGUGGCCCUUUCUUUCUUUGGACCCCCUUUCCAUC